AUGCUUAGGGAGCUGAGAGCUCCAACAACAGAGGGGACGACGAGGAGACUUGGAGUGGAUGGGCUUGACUUAGGAACGUUCGCCGCGGAGACGACGGGCGAGCUUAACAGCAAUCCUUUAGCGUCGUCGCUUCAGUGGUGGAGGGCUGGUGGGAGGGGAGUGGGUGAGGGGCGGAGUGACGACGGGGGAGUCGGCGGGCGGUUGGGGGGCGGCAUCGGCGGGCGGUUGGGGGGCGGCGUCGGCGGCGGCGCGUUGUCGGGCGGCGGCGACGGCGCGACGGCGCUCCCAGCGGCAGAUGGGGUUGGCGGAGGGAACCGCCUCAAUGGCGAGGGGGGCGAGGUCGACCGGCGCUCCGCUCAGGGGAGCCACCCCCGUGGAGAGAACAGAUGUGGGCGCGGCUUCGUGGGUGGUGGUGGUGGUAAGCAUGGUGCGCGCUUCUUGAUUCCGGAAGCGCGGCAGGAGGGCGAAAGCUGGGGGGAUGCGGGUUGGGGAUUCGGGGGGCUGGACGUCCUCCUCGUUGGGGGGGCCGGCGAGGAACUCCGCAAGAUCCCAGUGCCAGGGAGGGGAGGCACGGGGGAAGAUGAUGGAGGGGGAGCUAGUGGUGGUGGUGGUGGAGGCGGGGCUAGUGGUGGUGGUGGUGGAGGCGGGGCUAGUGGUGGUGGUGGUGGAGGCGGGGCUAGUGGUGGUGGUGGUGGAGGCGGGGCUAGUGGUGGUGGUGGUGGAGGCGGGGCUAGUGGUGGUGGUGGUGGAGGCGGGGCUCGUGGUAGUGGGGGUGGUGGUCUCGGGCAUUUUUGCUGGGACCGCCGUCCAUGGACCCUGGGAGCCGCUGGGCGUUGGACGCCUGUCAUCACACCUCGCUGCACGCCUGCUGCCAUAGCGCGACAGGAGGAGGAUGGUCACAUCAAUCGCCCCACGGCAGGAGAGUUGAGUAACGAUGCGGGCAUGGGCAAUCUGUUGCCAUAA